AUGGACAAGAGGAUUGAUUUUCAUGAUAAAGCGCUUGACAUGAAAAAACCGCUUCUAGAGAUUAUAUUGACUGAGUCAGAGGAGCAAGAGGUGGACGAUGACGAAGUGGAGGACGCGUUGAUUGAACUCGCUCCGGGCUACGUAGAAGCAGAGGCAGAAGGAGACGGACUGGCAGAAGGGUUUGAUCUAUUUGGCUCGGGAUCUCAAUCCGAUUGA